UUCACUUUCAUGUUGACAACUUUAGGCACUUUGGUUUGAGACUAUAUUUUUCACUCAAACACACCAAAUGAGCAAAAUAAACAGAUGUAAUGGUACAUCAAAUUAAAGUGUUGAAUUAAAUGGAUAUUUAAUGGAUCAUGACUGGAUCAUGGUACCAUAUUUCCAGAUUUCAAUAAUCUCGUAAAUAUUCGUCUGCUCGAGAUCCAACAUGGCGGGUGCGGUACGCAACAUUUCUAAAAUUUCUCGACUUUUGUCAUCUAGCCCAUCUACACAGCAGUUGGGAGAUUUACAAAGAUGCUUUUUGCGAUGCAUGUCAACUGGAAAGUUUGAGAAUAUCCUGGUAGAAAAGAGGGGAGAAAAGAAAAAUGUUGGACUUAUCCAGUUGAAUCGUCCAAAAGCUCUGAAUGCUCUUUGUGAUGCCCUUAUGAAAGAACUAGGAACAGCUUUAGAUGAGUUUGAAAAUGAUCCAGAGGUUGGUUGCGUGGUUCUUACUGGAAGUGAAAAGGCCUUUGCAGCUGGUGCAGAUAUUAAAGAAAUGCAGGGAUUAACUUUUUCUCAAACUUUUGGAGGGGGAUUUUUAAAUCAUUGGAAUCGUCUAGCAUCAAAUAAAAAGCCUGUCAUCGCAGCAGUGAAUGGUUUUGCACUAGGUGGUGGUUGUGAAGUGGCCAUGAUGUGUGAUAUAAUCUACGCUGGGGAGAAAGCAAAAUUUGGCCAGCCAGAAAUCUUACUUGGAACAAUACCAGGUGCAGGUGGAACUCAAAGACUCCCCAGAGCUAUAGGCAAAUCUAAGGCAAUGGAGAUGGCCCUUACUGGAGAUAUGAUCAAUGCUGCAGAUGCAGAAAAAGCUGGUCUUGUGAGCAAAGUUUUCCCUCCUGGUGAAUUGGUAGAUGCUGCUGUAAAAACCGCUGAGAAAAUAGCCAGUCACUCCAAACUUAUAGUAGCAAUGUGCAAAGAAUCAGUAAAUACAUCUUACGAACUUACAUUGAAUGAGGGAAUGCACUUUGAAAAGAGAAUAUUCCAUGCAACAUUUGCCACAAAAGAUCGAAAGGAGGGAAUGACUGCAUUUGUGGAGAAAAGACCCGCUAACUUCACAGAUGAAUAAACAAUGUCAGGGUAAUAAGUUGUAGUAGACACACUGAAGAAAUCUGCAAUAUUACAGUGAAUAGAUGACCUGAAGAGACUGAAUGAUUACAUCCUGACAAUUAUAGUGCUUUGUCAAAAUGUACUUUUGGUAUUAUUUUGAGAUCUCUAUCAUUUAGGGCCAGGAUCUGAUUGAUUUCAAUGUAGUAUACACAUGUAUUCUUGUAAGGACUGAAUGAAAAAGUGAAGUAAGAAUAAUCAUGACAAAGGAGAUUACGUUGUGAUUAUAAUGGGUAGUAAUAGUAUCAAGGCCAGUUAUACUGUGAGCUCAUGAUAUAAUUGAGACACACUUAAUAUUAGCACUCAACAAGCAACAACUCACUGAGAAGCCAAAUUAUGAAAGAUUAUAAAAACAUUUUGUAUGUACCAAUAAAUUAUGAUUUUUGAAACAAAAAA